CGCGCUCGGCUCGCGGCUAGUCUUUUCUUGUGGUCCUACCUACAGUGACCAGCUCGGUGUCUGAACCCGGGAGGAGCAGACGUUGGACAGGGAGUUUCUGGGAGAAUGCUGGUAAUCCCCAGGAAGAGACAUGGAGGAUUUGGGUGAAGUUGCUUUACCCAAAUGGUGCAAAGACUGUGGUCAUGGAGGAUCAGAGCCACAAACUCCAGAACAGAGCAGCCUUGCAAAAUGUGUGGGGGCAGCUCGGAGACCUUGGGCAAGUCAUCAAUUUCCUCAUUUGUAACAAGUGAUUUAUGGAAAGCAUCUGGUACAUGUUCUGCCAUCUAGGGAGUCUGCCCUUUUCCAAAAGGGGUAUCUUUAGGAGGAGAAUAUGGCUGCUCUUCUUCAGGUAGCAAAAUCCCAGGUGCUUCAGGGCUUAUCCUUCAAGGAUGUGGCUGUGAACUUCACUGAGGAAGAAUGGAAAGAACUGGACCCUGCUCAGAGAGACUUGUACAAGGAUGUAAUGCUUGAGAACUAUAGGAACCUGGUCUCCUUGGGAUUUCCAUUUUCUAAACCUGAUAUCAUCUCCCAAUUGGAACAAGCAGGAAACCCAUGGAUGCAGGAGAGAGAAGUACUAAGACGCAGCUGCACAUAUUUGGAGACCAGAAAGUCAAACCCAAAGGAGGUAUUUUCUGAAAAAGAAUCCCGCCAGGGGAUAAGUAUGGAGAGAAGCACAGGGGCUGAUGCAGGGGCUUCCAGUUUGAAGGAAGCCUGGGGAUAUGCAGAGAUCAAAGAGAAUGGUCAAGACAGACUCUGGAAAGAAGCAACAGUUAUCUGCAAGAAAAGAACUUCUAGAACUGAUAGUAACCCCAAACAUACUGAAUCUGGCAGACAUGUUAGUCUGAAGUCAGACUUUGUUAUACAAUCAAGAAACCCUGAAGAAGAGAGACCAUAUACGUCUCAUGCUCAGGGAAGGAGCUUUAAACAGAACUCAAAAUUAAUAAGACAUCAGAAAGAUAGCCCAAAUGAGAAAACUCUUCAAUGUAAUGUCCGUAGUAAAAUAUUCAGUGAUCGCUCAGUUUAUGUUCAACAUUGUAUAGCUCAUAGUGAAGAAAACAAUUUGAAAUAUAAUCAGUAUGGGAAGACCUUUGGUCAUGGUAUACACCGCACUGAACGUCAGAAAACUAAUAUUGGAGAGAAGUCUUGUGAAGAUAGGAAAGGCUAUACCUGGAACUCACACCUUACCAAACAUCAUCAGAGUGUUCAUGGUGGGAAGGAAUAUAAUGUGCAUGAAAGAGCCUUAAUUCAGAAUGCACCAUUUAUUCAACAUCAGAGAACCCAACAUGGAGAGAAACCUUAUGAAUGUAGUGAAUGUAGAAAAACUUUUGGUAAUUAUUCAGCCCUUACAGUACAUCAGAGAAUUCAUACUGGAGAGAAACCAUAUGAAUGCAAGGAAUGUGGAAAAGCCUUUAAUCAUAACGUCUCUCUUAUCCAACACCAGAGAAUCCAUACUGGAGAGAAGCCCCAUGAAUGUAAUGAGUGUGGGAAGGCUUUCAUUCAGAUAACGCACUUUAUUCAACACCAGCGAAUUCAUACUGGUGAGAAACCUUAUGAAUGUAAUGAAUGUGGUAAAGCCUUCAGUCACAAUUCAUCCCGUAUUGAACAUCAGUUUAUUCAUACUGGAGAGAAGCCCUAUGAAUGCAGGGAAUGUGGGAAAGCUUUUAGUCACAACUCUUCCCUCAUUGUCCAUCAGUUUAUUCACACUGGAGAGAAACCUUAUGAAUGCAGUGAGUGCGGCAAGGUGUUUAGUCAAAGCUCACACCUCUAUCAACAUCAGAGGACUCACACUGGAGAGAAACCUUACACCUGUAAUGACUGUGGGAAAGCCUUCAGUGAUCGAUCAGCACUUAUUCGACAUCAGAGAACUCAUACUGGAGAAAAACCCUACAAGUGUAGAGAAUGUGGUAAAGCUUUCAGCCAGAGCUCAACCCUCACAAAACACACAAAAACCCACACUGGAGAGAAACCUUACACCUGUAAAGAUUGUGGGAAAGCCUUCAGCCAGAGUUCAUCACUGACGCAACAUCAGAAGAUUCAUACUGGAGAGAAACCAUUUGAUUGUCACGAGUGUGGGAAAGCCUUCAGUAGAAGUGCCCAUCUUACUCAACAUCAGAGGAUUCACACUGGAGAGAAACCCUGUGAGUGUAAUGAAUGUGGCAGAGCCUUCAGGUGUAGUUCAGCCCUCAUUAGGCAUCAGAGACUUCACAGUGGAGAAUCACUCUGAAUGUGUGGUCAUUCAGACUCCUCACUUUGUUAAAUACCAAAGAAUCCUACUUUCAUGGGUUAUUAUAAUUGUGAUCCCUCCCUUUUUUAAAAAAAUGCUCUCCUCCCAUUUUCUCCUGCAAAGAAUUAGCUGCCAGAAUACCACAAAUCCAUGUGAAGAAAUACUGAUCUGAAAGCUGGAAUAGCCCAAGAAACCAACCAUCAAUCUUUCUGUGUGUGUGUGUAUUUUCAUCUGUACCUGAAAAUGACUGAUGUCACCAUGAAGUGAUUUUUUUUUUUCCUGGCUCCAGGAGUAGGCUCUUCUGAGACACAAAGGAAUUCCAGUUGCUCAAACUUGAGCUCAUUGCCCCUCCUUGUACUGAUUGGAAUACUGCCAUGUCCAAGUGAAAUAGACUCAUGGUUGAUCGUAUAUUCAAAUACCACCUUUCUAGAAAUCUUUGCCUUAAUAUACAAUCAUUC